UAUGAAAAAAAUUUUAUCAGUUUCCUCUCUUCUGUAAGAAUAUGAAUGCAGGUUUAACGGGUCGGUUAAUGACGGUGAGUUCCGAAUGUUCCGAAUAUUACCCGCCAAUGUCCAAAGUAAGGUUAUGUACGUUAUUGGCACCUACAUGUAUUGAUAAACUAUUAAAACUGGAAAAUAGGAAAUAUUUGUGCUUACGAACGUAUAACUUAUUUAGAGAGCUAUAAACGAUUUCUUAUAUAAUAAUAAUAAUACUCUCAAUAUGGAAGUGGCUCCAAUGGGAAACUUGCCUUGCAGCAAGGAUUUAUGGUCUAUAAUAUCAGGCACAACAUGUUGUUGUGCCAAAGAGACCGUUGAAGACGAAAUAAAAAAUGGAACUGUCUUGCUCAAAGAAGGGCUUCAGUUCUUUAAGCCUUUUACAGACGCAUCGUUACAGAGUAUUUCCAAAAGGAAUCCUCCUCCUCUCCAACAGAUGUUUGAUUUGAUUAGCAAACUUGCUCCACUUCUUAAUCUAGAUGCUACAAUUACCUGGGAUCUAGUAUGUAAUUUUGUAUCAUAUGAAUAUAGAAAUUGUGCAGAGACUUUUGCAUCGCAGCUCUCUGAUCAUACUUCUAUAAAAGCCUUAAUUGAUGAUAUUUGGAAUUUUUAUUACUCUGAGAGAGUAACCUUGAUAAAAUGUCUCAAGCUUAUGAUUGAAUAUAAAGAUAACAAAAGACAUCCUCAUCAUAAGGAAUUUUUAAAAUUUUUUGAUGAAGUUUUGAUGGGAAACUUGCUUGAAUCUGUGCGUAAGCAAAUAGAAGCAUUGAAAUUUGUAAAUCCACCUACGCGGUCGCAAUUCUGUACAGAAGAACAUUUGCAUAGAUUGUACAAUAGUACUUUAAUUGAAAUGCGUGAGUUGCUUCAUAUCUUGACUGUGAUUGUACAUGAUAUUCAUAUUACUGACCACGAAUUCUCCAAGUUCUAUGGAAGCAUUGGGGGUGAACCUAGACGUUUAGCAAGUACAAAAAGCCAUGAAGACAAAGAAGCUAUAACCAAAAAGAUCGAAGAGAUACAAUACAGUCAAAUAGCGUUAAUCCUUGUGGCAUUGGAUGUGAACAAACACAUUGCUAUGAAAGAUUGGAUAAGUGUUGUUAAAAGCAGUAUGCAAGACAUCUUUGAGCACAAAUGUGUCCGUGAAAAUUCGCCACAGGAUGGACCGUUGCUUCUAUCGUGGAUGUUGGCAAAUUAUGCGAUUGACCCGGAUAAUAUGGACACAUUAAAUCGCUUUAGACCGUUUGGCAUCAAAGCCAUACAACUCGAUGUGUUUCAUUACCUUCGGGAUUUAAUGAGCUGCGAAAUGUUUCAAGAAGAGACCCACUACGCUGAAGUUGCGCGGAGCAGCGUUUACAAUCUUCUCGCUUUGUUAUGCGAAUUCAUCGACGAGGAUCGAUUGAGCACUCUGAAUGGUAUUUUCGAUGCUAUGGCUGCUACAGUCAAGUUUGCAGAGUGCGCAGACAGAUUUUGGAGCGAACGAAACGACGGUUUAUGGCCGAUUUAUAAAGUUGCCAUACAAUUAUAUCCGUACAAGUUUGAACCGUUAACCAGUAUAGCUAUUGCUUUGGCAUCCACAAACGUUACAAGCGCUAAAAAGAUCGCUCAGGAAUUAGAUGAUCUACCAUCACUGACUAUAGAAGUUCCUCGCAAAAGAGAUGACAACAAGCCGUACAAACCUUACGAAGCGGAUUGCAUAAUUCAAAAGAACUCGUUCGCUAUAUCCUGCUACUGUGUGCACGAGAAUAUCACCGUGCUACCCAACGAAAAGGAAUUAGUGUUGUUUCAUACAAGAGCGAGCUACUGGAACGCCUUGCAUCACAAAAUAGAGCUGUUAUUUUCUCAAGCAAGCGGCGGAAUCGCAAACAUCAGCACAGUGAAGACUGAUUUGCCAGCAAACGUUUGUCAGGGCUUAAAAUUGUUGGAAGCAUUAGUGGCUAAAGACAUUGAGAUACCGUUGAACAUGGUCACUCCGACAGAAUUAAGUUUCGAAAUCAUCAAUCGAUUCUCGUAUCCCGUGCUACCGACGAAUUUAUACAGAAUCGUCGCCGUAUGCAUUAGUAUUUCGUCGAAACUCGUUUUGAGAUACCCCGAAGAUAUUCUUUCGCGAAUGCGAUCUGGCAUUUACCCGAGAUUUAAUAACUGGUAUCAAAAACCCUUGGACUUCGCGGAAGCAAUCUCCUUCGACGGUGGUCUCGUCGCAUCAUGGCUGUCAGGAAUAGAAACGAUCGAGCACACUUAUCCCAUUUUGCGCGCGUUUCUGGACACAUUGUACAAUUAUCUAAUCACUAAGCACAGUAAAGAAGCUAUGUAUACCAUCGAAAUACCGGGUAUGGUAUUUCUCUUGCAAGCUGUGUUGCCUAAAUUGGACUCCUGGUACUUCGAAUCGAACGCAGAACGGAUCGAUUUAUGGCUGAAGAGUAUGUUCUGCAUACAUCGCGCUCUGGACUCGACGUUGCCCAAGAACGACAUCCGCAACGAAUUGCAACUCGUUGUUGUGUACAGUCUACUCUAUUUAGAACCACGUCACGCGCUGCUGAAAUUACUCCGGACGGGCGAGCGCACAUUGCACAGUAAAAUGAUCACGGAGACGGAUUGGAUCAGUGGAAAAGGAUUCAAGAAUAUCAAGACCGUAGAACUGGCGCUGUCGAUAGUCAAUCGACUUUUGAUGUUUCGGAAAUCUCUGGGUCUUGAACUUGGCGACAGAUCGCCCCUCGAGAUCGCAUUGUAUUCCUCUCCGAGGGUGCCCAACGGACUUUUGAUAGUACCAACCAUCGUUAACUAUCUGUACGUUUGGUUCAGUCCUUCGUUACAGAAAAUGGCAGUUAGAUUACUGAAGAAAUUCGCGGAGGAGUUCUCCAUGUCUCUGCUCGUCUGCAUGGGAAUGGAUGGCACCUCUAUACGAGAAACCUUCGCAUUCCGAUUGACGCUGCCGACAUGUGCGAUAGAAGUUAAAGUCGCUAUUUUGGAACUGGUUGCUGUAUGCUUGGAGAAACAGCCCGGCUUAACGGAAGCUCUCUUCAACAUCAUGCACCAAGCGGAACGCAAGAGAAUUUUCCCACGUUCGGCCGAUGAAUUCCUUAGAGAAGGCUGCAGUCAAUUCUUGAAUCUAUACUUGGAACGAAUGUACAAAGAAGAUGAUAUCGUGUGCGAUAAAUUGUACGACAGCACGAUGACGGUAAUACGCGCCAUGUGGUAUUACAGAAACGAGAUCCUCGUCAAUUUCUUUCGCAAGCGAGAGAAGUUCUGGAGUCACCUGUUCGCACCGCUUUUCAAAACUUUGGUCCGAGAUGCGAAGGGUUAUUCUCAACUGUUGGAUGUAAUCACACUGGAAUUGUACAAGAGUCCAUUACUGGAGAAUAAUUUCUCGAAGAAUCUGAAAGAGCUUUUGGACAAGUCGAAAGAUCACUGGAAGAAAUUAGCCGAGUACAUUCUCGGCGAUUCUGCAAACGUUGAGAAUGAGAACGACGAGGAAAAACGUAUGAAGCAGAACAGACUCAUGGAUCCAUUGUACGAAAUUAAUUUAGAAUCUUGGUACCAUUUCAUCGUUAUGCUCACCGACGAUCGAACGGCUAAAAAUUAUCCGAUUAACGUAACGCAAGCGCAUCUCUUAACCGAAUUAGCCUUAAAGUCUUUGUUAGAGCGAGUGAAGGCGCCCAACGACUCUAGCAGUGGCAAGAUUCCGAUGCUGCUCGCUUCGUUGUCUCUGAGAUGCAUCACUUCGUGGAAGCAGAUGUGCGUCGGCGACUCGAGGAAAUUCAAGACCAGACUGUCGCAGCUCACGCAAGAAAUAGCGCAAACUUAUCGCGGCUUCGGAAAGUCUCUGCGGCAGACGCUGAUCUCGUUACUGCUUGGAUGCGUGCAAUUGGUGAAAAGCACCCUGGCCGAAGACUCGGCGAGCCUUGAAUACCUCCUGGCGCACUCUUGCACAAUCGCCAUCUGCGAAUUGGAGGAAAUGAAGGAAGCCGCUCUUCAACUGGAACGUCAAAAGCGGCAGCUCUCCGUCGAUCUGAAGACUGACGAGAAAGCCGCGCAGGAGAAGACCGCUUGCCACAGUGCGGAAACGCUGCGUGGUAUACGAGAAAGUCUACCGGCGACGUUAGCGAUCUGCAUGGUUACGCAGCUGUUACGAUCGUACGUCGAGCGGAAUGCGAACUUGAAGCAUCGCCUGAAAGCCAGCUGCGUGCAGCUUCGCCAGAUGAUACCCGAGUUGAUGGCAUGCGUCGGUUACACGUUGCAGAAGUAUCCGUACGUCAAGUUCAGCACCGCCGCUCUGAGCCUGCUGGGUGUUAUAUCGCGCUCGCCGUACUGUCCGCAUCCUAUCAACAGCAACGACAUCACGAAGCUCUGGCUGAGCUUGAUUCCACCAGCGGACAUCGGCAACAGCAUGCUCGAUUCGCUGUACGAUGAUUCGCCGAACGGUCGAUGGCGUUGCCAGGACUGGUGGCCGUUGUACACGCUGGGCUUGGAGUUCCUGAUAGGUCUCGUCACCAGCGAGAUGCACAUGGUGUACGUUAACCACGUGAUCGUUUUCCUGAAUUCUCACGAGCAUCAAUUGAUGGUCGUGUCCACGCUACUGAGACACACCGCCGAUCUGCUGGCCGCCGAUCUGAUACAAUCCCUGGUCGCUCUCAUCCACGCCAUUGCCACGCAAACUUACGUGUGGAACGCGAUACAGCCGAGCGUGCGCGAGACUCUCAUCAAGUGCAUGUACUUGGCGUACGACAGCACGGUGAACCUGUUGCUGCGGCCGCGGAUACUCAAAUUCAUCAUCGACGGCAUCAGCGUGGAGAGCGCCGAGGAGCUCGAGUCCUGCGACAAUCGGUUGCCCAGCGGCGAGCUGAAGCUUCUAGUGAACAAGCUGAUGGUCAUAAAUACAACUUGCGCGCUGAGUUUCGUGCAUUUUUCACCGCGACUCAACACCCUCGUGGACACGAUAUAUACUCAGGAUUAUUGGUACACACCGAUGGCCGAGAUGAACUUUGGACCGCCGCAGAUGAGUAUGAGCUCCGGUCCGCGGCUCACCUACGGCACCAUCAUCAGCUCGACGCAGCUGUUCACCCAGGCUCUUCACUCCCGCUCGCAGCCCACCACUUCGCUGUCCGUCGCCUCGACGCCGCAGCCCGGACGGGACGAUAAAACGGAUUCCGCGAAGAAGGAGUGGGAACGCGCCGCGCCGGAGAAUCUCCGGCGCAUGCACACCAGCAAGGAUCUGCGAAGAAUCAUCCACGCGGCCUCAGGUUCGACCUCUAGAACGUCACCCAACAUCGGCGGCGAAUUCUUGGGAUACGUCAGUGGUUUGGACGUCACCGUGCCGUUACUCAGCAGUCCCAGGCUCGUACGUCGGCCGUACGAUCCGCUGAUCUGCGAGAACACCAUCCUCUCGAGAGCGACCGCUCUGGCGACCGGUAGACACGUGACGAAGAGCAGCGGCGGCGGAGCUGCCGGCACGGGCAACGGCAGCCCGAUCAUCGCGAGAAAUCACAGAUUCAGCGAUCCGUGGUUCGAGUCCAUGGACGAGAACAACACGCGACUAGCGUUGGAGAUCAACCUCAUCCUGAUACUGUCUCAGGCUCUGGAAGGGGUGAAAAGUCCUAGACUCGCCUCGCGAGAUCGUCAGCUCAUCGCGCGGGAGACCGCCACGGAGCUGGGAAUCUUCUUCGAUUUUCUCGAACACCGCGGCACGCCCGAUAUCUGGCAGGUGAAGGGUUCCUUGAUAGACGCGGACACGAGAAGCUCCAGGACGAUUCAGGACACGAGCGAUCCGAUGCAGGCGAAUCUACCGGCGAGACUCCGCAAGAACAGUACUAUUGAUAGAGCGCCGGUGUGUUCGCCGGAUCACGAAGACUCCUCCUCGGAGAUCGUAAAUCAAACUGAGACGCGAGAGAAGAGACUCGACGACAGUAUUCUCACCACUGGUGUCUUCAAGACGAAUGUUAGCAGCGUGCAGUUCUUGCCAUUAAUGGGAAAAUUGCUUAAGACGGUUGUUGAAUCGUUGGACUCGGCGCAAUUCCGAUAGCGAUUGCAAAAUCUAUAUUUUCAAAUUGUAGGAACUCUUAAUGUACAGUUCAUCGAUCAAAACAGAUCCUCAAUGUGGUGCGGAAAGAAGACAACACAAAGUUCUAGUAAGGUUAAAUUUUAAUCAUAUCGCCUGAUCAUUUUCAUACGUAAUUUAACACGUGUGUGUUGUACAAAAGAGCAUGCGUAUUAUUUUGUGAGAAAUAUUCGCGAAGUAAUAAUAUAUUCUUUCGUAUAUUAUGCAAGAGAGCUGUAAUUGUAGGGAAAUAAUGAAGUAUUGAAAGGAGGAGAAGACAGAGAGAAAGGUAGAGUGUAAAAAAAUGCAGUAUCCAACGUUUCUAAUUUAGCCUGUACUUUUAUAUCAACACUAUUUAUAAAUGAUUAAACAUAAUGUAAUGUAUAUCCAGUAAAUUAGAAAUAUUUUGUGUUUCUUAAAUAGUUACUAGGAAAACGUGAAAAUACAAACUAUAUGAUUUUAUACACAGCCAACUACUUAACGAGGGACCAAAACAAAUGAUUGGAAUUGCUAUUUAUCGCGCAUCCAUUAUAUCAAAAUAAUGAUUGUAUUUUCAUUCAUUUUCUAUUUUAAUGAAUUAUUAAUCAUUUCAAUUUAUUGGAUGAUAAAUUUCGAACCGACGAAUUGUUUCACGGGAUUUUAUUGCCGAUGUAGAGAUCAAAGAAAAUUUCAAACAAAUUGAUUCGUGUGAUUAUAUCACAAUCGCGCAAUAUAACGAUUUAUUCACGAAAACUUGCAAUCGUGAUGCGUAAUACUAUUUCUUUUUUUCUGUCAAUGCACCGACGACAAACGUCGAUGCAUCUGUUGAAUCUUUUCAACUGAGAUAUAUAUAUUUCUUUUCACAUGGAACAUCUCUACGUCUGGAGAUAGUAGAGAGGAGAAAAAUAGA